AUGUCUUUUAAUACUGGUCAAACUCCCGAUUCCGUCUAUCAAGGUGAAGGUGACCUUAGGGCCCAGAACAGUGGUUCUUAUUCUUUCAGGAGUGAUAUAAUGUCUACCCCUCCGCAUAAAAUUCGUACUCCUGAUUUUGAUCGUCUUUUACCACAAAGAUCUCUUAAUCCGGUCCAAGAUCUGCAAAUGCGGAUUGUAACCGAAGAAAGUUCCAAAAAGAGAAAGUUAUCGGUCAUCGAAGAGGAAGCACAACAAGCAAUGUUACCGUUAAGAGAAACAACCGAUGAUAUUAUUCAUCGUUUGAAUUCAACUCCCACAAAGUCAUCCAAGAGAUUGUUGUCUUUUAGUACACCGACGAAAGAACGAAACUAUUUUUUUGAUUCGCCGGUUAAGAGAGAUUAUAAUUCGAGUCCGCUUCCGCUGGAAGCGCAAUUAAUUCUAACUAGCCCUCGCAAGCCGCCCAGAUAUAUUAGUAGAACUCCAUACAAGGUGCUUGAUGCACCUGAUCUUCAGGCAA